AUGCCAGAGAGAGUGGAAGCACUGGAAGGGUUCUGUGUGCUGAUUCCCUGCACAUUUAAGAUCUUGUACCUUAACAAUCAAUUUGACACUGCUGGCCUAGUCAGUGCUGCAUGGCUGGAAGAUGUAACAGAAGGAAAAGCAACAGGCAAAACGGUUUUUAACAACGCUAACAAUGCAACAAAUGGAUUUGACAGAAUUGAGAUUUCUGGGAAUCUUCGCCUGAAAAACUGUACAACAGUUUUUUAUAAUGUUUCAGUUAAAAAUACCAAGCAAUACCACUUCCGAGCUGAGAUAUCUUCUUUCAAAGCAACGUUCUUAAAAAGACCUUUCAAUCUUUUUGUCAAUGCAUAUCCACUGAAUCCACGGAUAUCAAAGUUGUCUGAGGUGUCAGAGGGGACAUCCGUGACUCUGACCUGCUCUGCUGCUGCUCCCUGUCCCUCUCAGCCUCCUACCAUCACCUGGUCUCCUCCCACUGGGAACACACACACUCACAUACAGGAUGAGGAGAAUGGCAACAGAUCCCUCACGUCUGUUUUGACCUUCACUGCUUCCCGUAGUCAGAAUGGGAGAAAUAUCUCCUGCACAGCUUCUUACCUCAGACACAACAAGAGCCCUCUGCAAAACAGUACUGUGCAAACACUCAGGGUCCGGUUCUCUCCUGCAGAUGUGGUGGCCUCUGUGAGUCCUUCAGGUCCAGCAGUAGAGGGCAGUAGUGUGACUCUGACCUGUAACAGCAGUGAGGCCAACCCUCCAGUGCAGAACUACACCUGGUUUAGAAAGGACCAGAACACACCUAUAGGAUCUGGACAAACCCUUGCCUUCAAUCUCAGCUCCAGUGAUGAAGGACUGUACUACUGCAGGGCAGAACAUCCACAGGGGGGAAAGAAGUCUGCUGCUGUGAGACUAGAGAUUAAAGGGCAUUUUCCACUCCCGCUGGUUGUAGGAGUAUGUGUGGGAGGGCCUCUGUUAUGUGUACUGAUAUGGCUUGCUUUGAGACUAAUAAAAUCUAAAACACCUCCACAAGAUGAACAGUGUACCCAGGACUCUGGUGUGUGUACAGUUGAGUCUGUCCUCACCAGCGCUUCCAAACCUUCAGAAGACCUACAGGAUCAGAUCCUGUACGGGGAGAUUGAUUUCUCCAAACGCCCCCUCAGGGGCAGCAGUAAGAGGACGGGGCAGAUGCAGGGGCAGGAGCAGGAAUCAGUGUAUGCUGAAGUUCAUCUGUCCGGCACAGACGCCCAGGCCAGGUAUCAGGAAGCACCGGACACCGAGGACCUCUAUGCCCAAGUGAAACGCAAAUAGAUGAGCAUUCUUCAGAGUAUUGAAAUCAGAAGUUAUGAUUUUUAUAUUCGUAAGUAGUUUAUGUCCUGAUGUUCCUGUUAUGUGUUCUUACACAUACACUAUAUUGCCAAAAGUAUUGGGUCACCC